AGAAAAAUGGUGUAAAAACUGAGGAAAACUCAUGUUACGGCAUGAUGAUAAGUCUGCUGUAAAGUUUCCCUCCGUCUCUUUACUUAUUUGGGGUAAAAAGUAGUUUCCACCAAUCUCCUUCCUUAUAGUAACGGUAUUUUUCCUCCUCCCUCCCCUCCUUUUAGUAUUCAGUUUUCCUCUUUUCUUUCUAUUUGUGUUGUCUCUUGUCUGUGUGUUAUGGUUAAUCCAUAAAAAGUUAAUCUGUUUAAAUACAGGAUAAUACCAUUGCUGGAUUAGAACUAUAAAUAUAAAUAAGUUUUUUUUACAGUUGUUACUUCUGAACUGGAUUUAAAAUGGCUGGUGUAGGUGGAUCCAGCGGUUUUACUGGAAAAACUUCGGCACAUGCAUUUUUAAAAAGUGUUUUGCAGAAUGGUGUUGGAAAACAUGUAAAACAGUUAAAACGGAUUACAUUAAACUUCAGUGAAGCUUCACCAAGCAGUCGGCAUGUUCGAAAGUUUGUAGAGAAUGAUUUGGUGGAAUUUGCUAGAAAACAUCCCAGUGUCGUAGUUUAUGCGAUGCCGGAAAUGGAACAGCGACCAUCAGUGUGUGUGGAGUAUUUGAAUGGAAGGGAAGAAGUUGCAUCAUUGGAAAAACUUGAACCAGAUGAAAUUUUGCAAAAACUGGACACCUACAGCAAUAGAUCUGGAGUUGAAAUAUUAAAAAUAGUAAAGGAUAUUCAUACAGAUCAUCCUUCAAUUCAAGGACAAUGGCACUUAUUUACCAAUAAUACCCAUAACAUUACAAAAAAAUUGGAUUAUCAAACAAAAUUAUAUGACACAUGGGAGCAUUUAUCAAACCCAUGGGAACAGUACUAUAGGCAGCAUGAAAAACAUCGACUGACCAACAGAGUCAAGUUGACAUUGGAAGAGAAAAAGGAUUUGCCUCUUGGAAAAUGGGGUCCUGUUUUAAAACCAAGAUACUAAAUAUAAAACAUACGUUUUGUAAAUCUAAUUGGUUGUAUUAAGGCUUUUAAAAAUGUUAUUAUUGGUAAAAUAAUCGCAAUUUGUCUACAG